CCUCGAAAUGACGCGCUCUGCUGUGUGGCUUGCCUGCGGAAAUCGGCAUUGACCCGCAUUUCCGGGUCGCCAUAUUCCCAUCAUCGCUGAUAAUAAAUAAAACGUUCUUGUCUCUAUCGUCGUGUACAUUGUACAUUAUCCGUUCAUACAAAGCCUACAUCCAUUCUCUGAGAUUCAUCCUAGCGUACAUACUGAGCAGCGCGUAUAGGGUCCAAUUCAAGCCUGAUUGAGAACUGGAUCUUUGCUAGCAGUACAAAAGAUACUGUUCCUUUAUGCGUUCGUUGUCAUGCGGGCUUUAUCCCCUUUCAUCUAUUUUUUUUCUCAUUCGCAUCACACCCCAAACAUGACUUCUUAUCCUUCCUCCUCUUCCAUAUCUAUCACCCGCCAUCGAUAUAACCAAAGCAUAAUGAGUCUUGCUAUCCUUGCCACUGCUGGUAUUAUAGGCGCAUCCUACAUGGCCCUGCGCAAGCAAGGCUAUACCCCCCUCGAGAAAGAAUUACUGACAUUGUCCGACUCGAGGUAUUUGCUUGACCAUACCGAGAUGGUGACUGUACGUGGUCAUCGUCUUCGCGUAGUCAAUUUACCUGGUAAACAGCCCGAACGACCCCUAUUGCUAUUUAUCCAUGGUUUAGGUGGCCAGGCAUCACAAUGGGAAGAACAACUCAAAUAUUUCUGUGAUUAUGCAUCCCGCGUCGUGGCCCUUGAUUUGCUUGGCUGCGGAUCCAGUGAGGUCGUUACAGACUGGAAAUCGUAUGACACUGCAGAACUAGCGUCGGAUAUCGAAGCCGUAGCGAAAACCUUGGAUACCAGCAAGGGAAUCAUUGCCAUAGGCCAUUCAUAUGGCUGUCUGGUGUCCUCUAUUCUCGCAACACGCAUCCAGUUGAAGGGUCUUGUCAUGAUCUGCUGUCCCAGACUGCACUUGGACGCCAAACAAAAGCGAGGACAAAAGAUGUUGCCCUUCAUACCCGAUUGGCUCAUCGACCGGGGCCGACGAGCUGACCGGAAAGGCGGAUUGCACAGUCAAAGUGUCAACCGCUUCCUCGGUGAAGAGGCAGAUGAAGAAACAAGGCGACGACAGCUCCGAUGGAACUUGAUGAGCCGUACGAGUGUCUGGAAACGGUUCAUGAGUCGUGCUAGAAUACCGUCGCCGGAGAUCCUGUCAAAGAUAUCAACGAACCGAGUUCUGAUAAUAGGAGGUUCUGAGGAUAAAAUGGCUCCCCCGUCUACCAUGGACAUCGUUCAAGAACACUUGCAAGAAGCUCCAACUCGUUUGCUGAUCCAGGGAGCAGGCCAUAUGCCCAUGGUCACCAAUACACAACAAGUAAACUCGGCCAUACAGGAAUUUCUAUUUCAAUAGGCAAUGAACUUAUUUAGGGACAACACUUGGCACUGUAUUUCUAUAUUUCCCUAGCACUCUAAUACCUGUUCUAGCAAUCAUACUACAUGUAUGAAAGAGAGAGCGUGUGUGUAUGUUAUUUAUAUGUACAAAAUACUGAUAAACUAAAAAAAAAACAUGUAAAGCGCGUGUAGUACCUUAGAGAAGCUCCCUCCCCCUGGCGCUCGUGUGAGUGAUGAGUAUGUAGUGCGAGCGUGAAAGGAUACAGAAAUGUAUGUGAGUGGAAAAAGGGCAGGUGGAGCAUGUACAUUAAAUGCCUUUUUCUUAUGGAGCAUGAAAAUAGCAAAAAAUAAACUCCUCUUGUCACAUUGUGAGAUAGCCC